AUGGUUGCCGAAACAAAAUUCUACGACCUGCUCGGCGUCUCCCCCAGCGCCAAUGACAGCGAGCUCAAGAAGGCAUACCGGAAGAUGGCCCUCAAGUACCAUCCCGAUAAGAACCAGAACCCCGAGGACAACAACAAGUUCAAGGAGAUCUCACACGCUUACGAAAUUCUGUCCGAUACCCAGAAGCGCGCUAUCUACGACCAGCGCGGCGAGGCCGGCUUGAGCGGCGCAGCUGGCGGCGGCAUGGACGGUGUCGAUCCCCAUGAUCUGUUCUCGCAGUUCUUUGGCGGAGGCGGCAUGGGUGGCAUGUUUGGCGGCGGCGGUGGUGGUGGCCGCCGUGGUCCCAGCGGACCCCGUCGCGGUCGCGACAUGGCACACGCUCUCAAGGUCUCCCUCGAGGACCUGUACAAGGGCAAGACCUCGAAGCUGCAGGUCUCAAAGAGCGUCAUCUGCAGCGGCUGCGAUGGCAAGGGCGGCAAGGAGGGUGCUGUCAAGCAGUGCAGCAAGUGCCACGGCCGCGGUGUUGAGGUUGUCAUCCGCCAGAUGGGCCCCAUGGUGCAGCAGAUCCAGCAGCAGUGCCGCAACUGUAACGGUGAGUGCGUGGAGAUUGACCCGCGUAACUGCUGCAAGAAGUGCAAUGGCCGCAAGGUCACCAACGAGCGCAAGCAGCUUGAGGUGCACAUUGAGCGCGGCAUGAAGGACGGCCAGAAGAUUGUCUUCCAGGGCGAGGCCGACCAGGCACCAGGUGUCGUUCCUGGUGACAUCAUCAUUGUCAUUGAGGAGAAGGAGCACGCUCGGUUCAAGCGCCGCGGCGACGACCUGCACUACGAGGCCGAGAUCGACCUCCUCACAGCACUUGCUGGCGGCAAUGUUCACAUCCAGCACCUCGAUGACCGCAUCCUCGACGUGAACAUCCUGCCUGGAGAGGCAAUCAAGCCCGGAGAGGUCAAGGUCAUCGAGGGCCAGGGCAUGCCUUCCCACCGCCACCAAAACAUGGGCAACUUGUUUGUCAAGUUCAACGUGCGCUUCCCCGAGAGCAACUGGACCACCGAGGAGAACAUCAAGAAGCUCGAGGACAUCCUGCCCCCCCGGAAACCCCUGCCCACCUUGCCUGCAGGCGCUAUCAGGAGGAGUUUGAGAAAAAUAUGUGCUUCACCUGGAAAUUGGCUCUUGUUGGCUGUGAUUAAUAAGCAAAAUCGAACCUAAAAUUGUCUAUCCACGGCUGGCCACAUUGAUUCAUUGAUUCAUUUUAGUUGCUCAAUUAAACAUUGUAGAUGUUUUUUCCAAAUAUAAAUGCUAUGAUUCGUUAAUAAAAAAGGCA